UCAUUUUGAAGUAAGUUUUAGUUCGUUAAGUUUUAUGUUCCAACAGAUCAUGCUGACACGAGCGUGCACCCUGGUGCUCACAAGAGGACUGUCGGCAUUGAGCGGCGACCCCCUCUUCAGAGUUCAUCCAUUGGUGGCACAGGCGCUGGCAGAAGAGCGCCCAGUGGUGGCGCUAGAGAGCACCAUCAUCACGCAUGGCAUGCCCUACCCUCACAAUGUCAGGACAGCCAAAGAGGUGGAGGCCAUCGUGUGGGCCGAAGGCGCCACCCCCGCUACCGUUGGAGUGAUUGAGGGCAAAGUCCACGUUGGACUUUGUUCGGAGGAGCUGGACUUCCUGGCGGGCUGCAGCGGCUCCAUCAAGGUGUCCCGACGUGACCUGCCAUAUGUAACCAGCCGAGGCCUCUCUGGGGGCACGACGGUGUCGGCCACCAUGAUAGCAGCCCACCGGGCCGGCAUUGCUGUGUUUGUCACAGGCGGCAUCGGCGGCGUCCACAGAGACGGACAGAACAGUCUGGAUAUCAGCGCUGACCUGACGGAGCUGGGCAGGACUCCCAUCGCGGUGGUGUCUGCCGGGGUCAAGUCUAUUCUGGACAUCGGUCGUACCCUGGAGGUCCUGGAGACGCAGGGCGUUUGUGUCGCCAGCUACGGGCCGUCAAAAGACUUCCCCGCCUUCUUCUCCCCGUCGAGUGGCUUCAUGUCCCCGCAUCAAGUCUGCGACGCCGACCAAGCCGCGCAACUCAUCGAGAGCCUUCUUUUGCUGGGCGUCAACAGCGGCGUCCUCAUCGCCGUGCCCCUCCCACCGCAGCACGCAGCAGCCGGCCAGCAGAUGGAGCGGGCGGUACAGGCGGCCGUGGCCGACUGCAGCGCCAGAAGCAUCACAGGUGGAGACGUGACGCCAUACAUUCUUCAGAGGGUGAAUGAUCUAACCGAGGGAAAGUCCCUGCAAGCCAACAUGGCUCUCAUUAGCAACAACGCUAAGGUGGGCAGCCAGAUCGCUUGUGCUCUGGCAAAGCUGGGCAAGAAGAGGAAGCCAGGAAGCGCAAGUCAAUCCCACUCCGGGAUCGUUGUCAUCGGAGGUAUGAACGUGGAUUUUAUUGCAAAAGGAAAAAGAAAAGCUCUUGAAUUUGGACGGACCAACCCAGGAAGCAUCUGUCAGUCGUACGGGGGUGUCGGACGCAACAUCGCCGAUUGUCUGAGUCGUUUGGGCCAGCAGCCGCUGUUCAUCUCUGCAACUGGCGCUGAUUCCCACGCCGAUGCCUUCCUCCGCCACUGCAAACAUAUGAACACCAGCGCUGUGACCAGGAUGGAGGGUGAAAGCACGGCGACGUACUGUGCCGUUAUCACGGAAAGCGGAGAACUCAGUCUGGGAUUGGGCGACAUGGACGUUCAUCAGAAGAUAACCGAGCAAUAUGUGUCGCAGUUUGAGCGGCAGCUCGUAUCGUCCAUUCUGGUGUGCCUUGAUGGAAACAUCCCCAUCUCCACCAUCAGAUACGUGUGCUCCUUGGCCAAGCAGCACAACAUCAACGUUUGGUACGAGCCAACCGAUUCGGAAAAAGCCGGCAAGCCUUUCCUGUCAGAUGCCUGGAAGUCCUUGUCCUACGCCUCUCCAAAUUUGGCGGAGCUGUGCGCCAUGAACAAAACACUGGGCCUCCAAACACCUGAAGUGCUCCCGAACUCCCUGGACCAGGUCCUGAGUCUGGCCGUGGCGCUCUCACGCCCCCUUCUGGAACAUCUCCACUGCCUGGUGGUGACCCUCGGGGCUGGCGGGGUGUUGGUGUGCGGGGAGCACCAAGCGGGCUCGGUCAACCUCAAGCCAAGGAAAGAGAAGAAGAAGAGAAAGCUGUGCGCCGUCCACUACCCGGCGCUGAGUGUAGCGGCACGGGACACGAUGAAUGUCUCAGGAGCAGGAGAUAGUCUUGCAGGCGCUGUGAUGGCAGGGAUCGUCCAGGGUGGAGACACUGACACUUGUGUUGGCAUGGGUCUUCUGGCCGCACGAUUGUCCCUCGCUUCACCGCACCCCAUCGCCCCCCUGCUGACACCACACACUGUGGACCCCCACCGGGCUCAAAGACACGGCGGGUCCCAACCCAGAUUCAUGUGGAUUGACUGAACGUGUUUGUGGAUUACACACAGAAAAAAACAACAAACUUUGCUCGUA